AAAAAAAAAAAAAAAGAUAAAGUGUACGUAAAAGUUUCUCUUUACACGUCUCGGAUCAUUCUCAGAUAACAAAAUCACCAUCAGGCCAUCCAUUUCUUGGCAUUAUGGAGGUGGGUCUUUAACCCCAUUCCCAUCUGCAGUGUGCCAAGAGAAGGAGUUGGGAUUGGAGAUCUUGGCCCUGCAAAUUUGGAAAUUGUGCUCCAGUUCUUAUUUUUUUCAUCGAUGGGGGUAUCAAAAGACAACUUUCAUGGACUUGUUUUGGCCAUUUCAUCGAGCAUUUUUAUUGGUUCUAGCUUUAUCAUAAAAAAGAAAGGUCUCAAAAAGGCUGGUGCUCAUGGAACCAGAGCAGGUAUGGGCGGGCAUUCAUACUUACGUGAACCCUGGUGGUGGGCUGGGAUGAUAUCUAUGAUUGCUGGGGAAGCAGCUAAUUUUGCUGCUUAUGCAUUUGCACCUGCGAUUCUAGUCACACCCUUGGGAGCUUUGAGUAUUAUUUUCAGUGCUGUGCUAGCCCAUUUUAUUCUGAAGGAGAAACUGCAUACUGUUGGUGUGCUUGGAUGUGUUCUUUGUGUAGUGGGAUCUACAACCAUUGUUUUGCAUGCUCCACAAGAGAGAGCCAUUGAAUCUGUUAAGCAAGUAUGGUACCUUGCUACAGAGCCAGGUUUCCUUGUCUAUACUGUCAUAGUACUGAUUGCAGUUGCUGUACUCAUUUUUCGCUAUGUACCACUCUACGGACAAACCCAUAUGAUAGUUUAUGUUGGAAUUUGCUCUCUUACUGGCUCCCUUACGGUCAUGAGCGUGAAAGCAGUGGGAAUUGCUUUAAAGCUGACUUUUUCUGGAUCAAAUCAAUUUAUCUACUUUCAGACAUGGCUUUUCACUAUUAUAGUGGUGGUUUUUUGUCUUUUGCAGGUGAACUAUUUGAACAAGGCACUGGACAACUUCAAGACAGCUGUCGUUUCUCCAGUUUAUUAUGUCAUGUUCACAACAUUCACCAUAAUUGCCAGCAUGAUCAUGUUUAAGGAGUGGGACUCACAAGACGCAUCACAGAUUGCAACAGAGUUGUGUGGUUUUGUCACAAUCUUAUCAGGUACAUUUCUCCUUCAUAGAACUAAGGAUAUGGGAGAUAGUCCAAGUCCAUCAGAAGAACCCAAUGCUUUAACGAACACAAAUACCUCAACUGUGGAAUCUCCAGUUUUUACAAACACGAAUUCCCAUGUGAUCUUCAAUUCUCGGUAGCAACAUCUAUCAAAAGCUUUUAAGCAAUGGGAUGGACAAUUUUCAGUUUUAUGGUCUAUGGUCUCAAGAGAUUCUACUUUCAAAAAUGUGAAGAUCCUUUUUCCUUUUAUGCAAGGAUACAGAGGAAACAUUUUAGUAGCUGCUAGAUAUGUGCUUGACAAUUAGAAAACUGGAGGCAUAUGAAGGUAGACAAAUAUUUCAUGACAUGAAAGAUAUGGAGACAUGCUGAUGAUGAUAUGCGUAGGGAUUCUGAUUCUACUUAGUGACAGCUUUUCCUUUUUGCUAUUUCUUUUGGUAGUAUGUGAAUAUGUUGGGGAAAGAUGAUUAGAGGUUUUUAAAAUUAGUACAGAUUAGUUGAUAUUUGAAUCUGAAGAAUGCACCUCUCACUCACUGUUUUUAUUUUGCAA